CACUUCUAUACUUUUCCAAUAGUAAUUUGUCCUUUUCCUUAAACCUAAGACUGAAACGACUUGGAAGAUAUUCUCCUUUGUUCCCGCAGUUUGUCCUCGCCUGCCCAAGAGAACAACAAACCAUUUGAAGCACUUUGGCAUCCGGACUUUGCGCUUGAGCCUUCUCUUCGACUUUUAUAUAUUGAUUCCUCUGCUGAUCGAUCUUUGUGUGAACGGCGUCCUCUCUAUUCCAACUAGCUCCAGCCAGUUCAGGGAGAUAUUUUCCAGGGCAUAUAUCAAGUCUUUGCUGGAUUCCAGAGCCUUGCCGACAAGGCUGAGUUGAGUAAAGGUCACAGCGACAAAUAAAUCCCGCGCCUCCCGGACAAGCGCUAUACAUUGGACAAAAUGACGAUUGCAGAGGAGUUCAAGUCGAGGAAUUUUAGCAUCUAUGGACAAUGGACUGGUGUCCUGUGCAUACUUCUCUGUUUCGCGCUGGGGAUUGCGAAUAUUUUCAGUAAGGUCAUAGCAUUCAGCAUAGUUUGCUUAGCCUCAUCCUUUGUCAUAAUCUUCGUUGAAGUUCCUCUUCUUCUACGAAUUUGCCCCACGUCCUCAACAUUCGAUUCCUUUAUCAGACGGUUCACGACGAACUACAUGCGAGCUUUGAUGUACGUCAUCCUCAGCGUCGUCCAGUGGCUGAGCUUAAUUGUCGGACCUUCCAGCCUCCUUGCUGCUGCUGUCGUUCUCUCGGUUUCAGCAAUAUUCUACGCACUAGCUGGCAUCACAAAGCAAGAAUUCAUGGGCAGCAAGACUCUUGGUGGUCAAGGCGUUGCACAGAUGAUUGUUUGA